AUGGCGGCCGCGGCUCAGGCGCUGAGCGGCGCUGGGCUGCUUCUGGCCGCCGCUGCCCUCGCCCUCCUGGCCGUGGCCAUCGGCACCGACUCCUGGUACCAGACGGACGCGCGGAGGCACCGCGAGCGCUGCCGGGGCUUCGGCCACAAGCGCAGCGACCCGCCCGGCUCCAUGUCAGCGCCCAGCCCGCACCUGCCGCUCCGCGCCCGCCCCCCGCGGGCCCUGCUGCCCGGCCACCCCCCGGCCUCUGCCCCGGCCCCGGCCCCGGCCGCUGCAGCGCUGGACUCGCACUGCGGCCGCCGCUUCAACUCCACGGUCUCCGGGCUCUGGAGGCGCUGCCACCGCGCGGGCUACGAGCCAGACAGCGAGGAGCUCAUCCGGCAAGGAGUUAUUCAGCGCUGCACUGCUGUGAAGUACCAUUACACCUCAUCCUCUCUGCCACGCAAUUUACCCAUCAAUAUUACCAACAUCAUCCGGCAGGAUGAGUGGCAUGCUCUCCAUCUGCGGAGAAUGACAGCCGGCUUCAUUGGCAUGGCAGUCUCCAUCAUCCUGUUUGGCUGGAUCAUUGGUAUGCUGGGCUGCUGUAAACAGCACGAGCUCAUGCAAUACGUGGCAGGGCUGCUCUUCCUCAUGGGAGGUACAUGCUGUAUCAUCUCACUCUGUACCUGUGUGGCUGGGAUUAAUUUUGAGUUGUCUCGCUAUCCUCGCUAUGUCUAUGGGCUGCCAGAGGAUAUCAGCCAUGGCUACGGCUGGUCCAUGUUCUGUGCCUGGGGAGGCCUGGGACUUACUCUUUUGGCUGGAUUCCUCUGCACACUGGCCCCCUCGCUCAAUGCCUCUCGUACUGCUAUACAGAAACCCAGACAGGAAAAUGGAGCUGUGUGACCUCAAAGGGUGCAGGAGAAGAGACUCCAGCAAGCACAGCUAAGGUAAAGCUGUGGGUUUACGGCACCAUGGAGAUGGCAUUUCUGCGCCAUUGCUGAGGGUGGUACAAACUAAGGAUGUUAAAGUUUUUUGGCCAAGUCCUGUGGUUCUCCUGCUACAGAAUUUCUGUCUUAGACACAGACUCUACAACAAGCUGGGGUUGAUGUCUUACUGACUUGCUCAUUGAUUUAAGAGGGAGUUUUUCUUUUAUAUACAAAGGAUUAUCUCCUGUUUAUUUGUGGAGGAUUCUUGUCCAUUAUAAAUGUGUAGCUGCAGAGUUUAUGUAACACUGUCAAGAGGCUGAACACCCUUCCACCUGGCUUGGCUUGGCCUCUUGCAGUUUGGUUCAGCCCUCCAUUGUCCAAAGGAGCCUGGA